AGAGUAGCUAUUUACAUUAGAAUAAGUUCCCCGACCCUCGGGCGCCGGAAGUCUUCAGACAGACGUGGGUCGGUCAGCACCAGCAUGGCCAGUCCCAAGAAAUUUGCCAAGGUCAAAAACCUGCUGGACGAGAGAAGUUACGUGGACACGCUGCACCAGAAGGCGAUAACGACGGUGCCGUGUAACAGUGAGCGAUGUAUGGGCUCCCUCAUGUCCAUGCAGGCCCACCGGGCACCCGGGGCCCCAAGGUCUACAGAAGAGCUUUUGAUCCACGCCAAAGACUUCAUGGAACAGUACUACACCUCCAUCAAAAAAAACAACACACCCGCCCACUUCAAGAGGUUGACGGAGAUCCAGGAAUCUGUGGAGCGGACUGGCACCUACGAGCUGACCACAGCAGAGCUGACCUUUGGUGCCAAGUUGGGCUGGAGGAACGCGCCCAGGUGUAUCGGCAGGAUACAGUGGUCCAAGUUACAGGUUUUUGACGCCCGCCACAUCUUGACAGCCAGGGGCAUGUACGAGGCGCUGUGUAACCACAUCAAGUACGCCACAAACAAGGGAAACUUAAGGUCCGCCAUCACGAUUUUCCCCCAACGUAAAGAUGGACGCCGGGACUUCCGAGUCUGGAACUCUCAGCUGAUCCGUUACGCCGGCUACAAGAUGGAGGACGGUCGUAUCGUCGGUGACCCGGCUAACGUCGACUUGACGGAGCAAUGUGUGAAGCUGGGAUGGAAGCCCAAGUACGGAAUGUUUGAUAUUCUCCCCUUGGUCCUGUCUGCCGCGGGUUCGGAUCCCGAGUGGUUCGAGAUUCCCCCCGAGCUUGUGUUAGAAGUGAACAUCCGCCAUCCAAAGUACCCAUGGUUUGCUGACCUCGGGCUCAAGUGGUACGCCUUACCCGCUGUUUCAGCCAUGCUGUUUGACUGUGGAGGUCUGGAAUUCCCGGCAUGCCCGUUUAACGGCUGGUACAUGGGCACGGAAAUUGGAGCCCGCGAUUUCUGCGACAGCAACAGAUACAACAUUAUGGAGACUGUGGCCACUAAAAUGGGCUUGGACACAAAGAAGUCUUCAUCUCUGUGGAAGGACAGGGCUCUAGUAGAGGUCAAUCUGGCUGUGCUGUACAGCUUUCAGACAAGUGGAGUGACCAUCACUGACCACCAUGCAGCCAGCGAGUCCUUCAUGAAACACAUGGAGAACGAACACAAACUUCGAGGCGGUUGCCCCAGUGACUGGGUCUGGGUCGUCCCUCCCAUGAGUGGGUGUAUCAUGGAAGUUUUUCACCAGGAGAUGUUGCUGUACAAGCUGAAACCUUCUUAUGAGUAUCAGGAAGAAGCGUGGAAGACGCAUGUCUGGAAGAAAGACAGAGACAAGCCAAAAUCUACUGACAAGCCCAAGAGGAGAUUUGGAUUUAAAGAACUGGCAAGAGCUGUCAAGUUUUCCGCUAAACUAAUGGGCAAAGCUCUAGCAAGACGUGUCAAGUGCACCAUUCUGUUUGCCACAGAAACUGGAAAAUCUGAGAGAUUUGCCAACACAUUGGGAGAAAUAUUCAAACAUGCAUUUGAUGCUAAGGUACUUUGUAUGGAGGAUUAUGAUGUGAACUCUCUGGAACAUGAGUCCUUAGUGAUUGUCAUCUCCAGUACAUUUGGUAACGGGGAUCCUCCUGAGAAUGGGGAGGCGUUUGCUAAAAGUUUGUAUGAAAUGAAGCCAGCAGAGACCAUGAAUGGAGACAUAAAUGGGACCAGGUCACAUUCUUCAUACGUUAGAAUGAGCAUCUCCAGUGAGAAAGAGGUCAGACUGGACAGUGAAGAUUUAAAUAGCGCUGCAGAUUCUCUUGCUAUGGUCACUGGGCCACUGGGCAAUGUUAGAUAUUCAGUUUUUGCUUUGGGGUCUAAGGCUUAUCCACAUUUUGCUGCUUUUGGCCACUACAUUGACAACACACUCCAUGAUUUGGGGGCUGAGAGAAUUUUUCCAGUUGGAGAAGGGGAUGAACUCUGUGGUCAAGAACAGAGUUUUAGGACUUGGGCUGAGGGAGUUUUUAAGGCUGCAUGCGACACAUUCUGUCUGGGUGAUGAUGUGAACAUCAGUGAAGCCACAGGUGCACUAAACAACAGUGACCACAGCUGGCUGCCCAACAGGUUUAGGAUUACACCAGUGGACAGUGGCAAGGAACCGGACAUGUGUGAAGCCCUAUCUAAAGUUCAUAGCAAACGUGUGCUUCCCUGUUUAUUGACUGAAAGGAUCCAGCUACAGGCCUCAGACUCUGACCGGCAGACGAUUCUAGUAAAGUUGAACACACAAGGUGCCUCUGAGCUGCUGUAUGUACCAGGUGACCAUGUUGGCAUUUUUCCUGCUAAUGCCCCAGAACUGGUGGAUGCUAUUCUGGCCAGGCUCCACAAUGCUCCCCCUCCUGACCAAGUUAUACGCACAGAGUUUCUGCAUGAAGUUGUCACUCCUUUAGGUACGAGCAAGACCUGGGCAGAGUUUGAGAAGAUGCCAGUGUGUAGCAUGAGGUCUGCCUUCACCUACAUCCUGGACAUCACCACCCCACCCUCCCAGUCACUGCUUCAACUGUUGGCCACACAGGCAACCAGAGAUGUUGACAGGGAGAGGCUGGAAAAUCUGGCCACAGAUUCCAAAGCCUAUGAAGACUGGAAGUAUGACCUGAGCCCAAACUUGCUGGAAGUCUUGGACCAGUUCUCUUCACUUAAAGUGCCGCCAUCUUUGUUGCUGACCCAGCUGCCCUUGCUACAGCAGCGCUACUACAGCAUCAGCUCCUCCCUGCUGAUGUACCAGGGGGAGAUCCACGCCACCAUAGCUGUGGUCAAGUUUAGGACACAAGAUGGCGCUGGGCCAGUCCAUGAGGGUGUGUGUUCUGGUUGGAUGAACAGAUGUCCAGUCGGUACAGUUGUGCCUUGUUUAGUUAGAGCAGCCCCUGCUUUCCACUUGCCAGAAAAUCCUGCCCUUCCUAUCCUUAUGAUAGGCCCUGGGACAGGCAUUGCCCCCUUCAGAUCUUUCUGGCAACAGAGGAUGAUUGAUAAAGAGAUGAAUAGUGUGCCUUCACAGGGUCUAACAAAGCCAUUUGGGGACAUGACUCUAUACUUUGGAUGCCGCACUGCAUCUCAAGACAACAUCUACGGGAAAGAGCUGGAAGAAAUGGAAAAGGCUGACGUGCUGUUUUAUCAUGUAGCCCUGUCUAGAGAGCCAGAUAUGCCAAAGGUUUACGUGCAAGACAUCCUACUAAACAACGCUUCCAUUGUUUAUGACAUGAUCGUGAAGAAAGGCGGCCAUUUUUACGUGUGUGGUGACAUCGCAAUGGCCCAUGACGUCACACGCACGCUGGAAGUUGUCAUGCAAGAACAGGGUAACAUGAAACCAGAGGACGCCAGCAGAUUUAUAACAAAAUUGAGGGAUACCAACAGAUUCCAUGAGGACAUAUUUGGUGUCAGUGUCAGGAGACCAGGGGAGUUAACUGAGAGACCCAAGGACCAGUCUAUGAGAGCUCUUGCCUAUCUCAAUGCCACCAAAGUCCUCGGAAAACCUGAUGCUUUGAAAGAGAGAGCAGUGUUUAUCACAAAGGAUACAAGGAAAGUGAUUGCCAAACCAAAAGCACCAAUGAAAAACAUCUUUACAAAGCAAAAAGUUGCACCGGAAAAUGUGCCUGAAAAAAAUAACUUUUAAUUUUUCUUUCCUUUCAAAAUAUUUGUUAAAAUCUCAAAUAAUUUUGGUAGAAAUAGUUACACAGCAAUAUGUGUGUGUAAUGUAACCAUAAUAAAUUCUUUAAAAUGGGUGGGUAACCUUAUUUUUUAUCUAGAAAUUUCCUGGGCUUAUCUGUAAUUUUUUAAAUUUAUCAGCUGCUGUUACUUUUAUGUAUCAAAUAUUCAUUUUUAUUUUCUAAAUAACAUAACAAACUAACCAUUGAUUUUUGUUUUCCUGAUAAAAAAAUACUUUUUCAUACAUCCAUUGUUUAAUUGUGUUCACUUUUCUGAAUGUUUAUAAAUCAUCAAGACACUUUUCUCUCCUUGCAUGCACCUUUAACUGUUUUCCUCAACUGUUUCCAAGAUUCUGUCUAGGUUUAAAUGUAAACACACACAAAUAAACCUGAAAACAUGAUGGUUAAAAUUUUGUGUGUGAGUGGACAUACUGUUUUGCGCAGGAAAAUAGAUAACAGGGAAAUAAUUAUCUAAAACAAUGUCAAGUUUAAAUAAACUUUAGAUCUUCAUCUCAUAAAUGUAUAAACUUAACUGUAAAACCUAUUACUGUGUCUAUGUGUUCAAUAAAUAUAAUUUUUCAUUAAAAACUUAAUGUGUUUGAUGAAGGGAGGUAAGGAGAUGUUUUGGUCAUGACUGGAGGUUGGGUAAAUAAAAAGAAAGCCACUUUAAGUAAUAAAGCUGAUAAUCCCCCUUGGCUGUGUUUUUUCAUAUUUUUACACAUUUAAUAAAUACCGCUAUUGUUCAAAUCAAUCAAUUAUCAAUUAACCGCUGACUUCUGCUAAAAAUUACCUCACUUUAGUGAUAUUUCCAGUUUCAUUUUCUUAUCAACUGUCCCAUUGCAUUGAGGGUAUUUUAAUUUUUGUAUUUGGAUAUUUGCAGUGGAAUAAAACUAGUUAAAAAAAAAAAAAUAAAACUAGUUAGAUAAGGUAUCUAAACAUUGAUGUUGAAUGAAAUAACAAAUUGGGAUAUUAUUAAACUGGGAAAUUACUUAAUUAAUAAUUGUUUGCAAUUAGUGGAAAUAGUUUUUCAAUUGCAUCAAUGUCUUUAAGUUGCGGCCUAAUAAAAUUUGAAAUUCAAAAAUUUCAAAUAACGUCCGUUUAAUUUUCAUCCUUAUUUUCAUCCCCAUUUUCAUCCCUGUUUUUCAUCCAUGUAAUUAAACCAAAAAACAGUGUUUUCAGCUGCGUAAUUAUACCAAGUCACUUAAUGUCUGCUUACAUUUUCAUACUCUAAGAUUACAUAAUCAUGUAUUUUAAAGACCUAAAUUAGUUUUUAAGCAAUGGGUCCAACUUAUUUUCAAUCAAAUCAUGUUCAUGAUUUAUUCUAUUAUCUCAUCACACAAGACGCACAUGUUCAUCAUUAGUUGGCUGUUUUAUUUUAUUCAUAAAGUGUCAUUUUUUCAGUUCAUUUUGUAUUUUUUUUAAAUAUAAUUUUUUUUUUUUUUGACAAUUGGUGAAAUUAUUUUCUGCGUACUAUAAAUAAAUUGCUUGUGGUAUGUUAUUUAAAGACUUACAUAGUAAACAUCCUUUUCCAAUUGGCGCAAAAAAAAACACUAAAAUAUUGAUAUUGUGAGAAUGUUUGAUUUUUUUUUUUCUUGAAAAUUAAUGAUUUUACUCUAUUGUUAAAAAUGUUUUUAAAAAAAUUCUUUACUAUUAGAAGUUUUGUUGACUGUAAACAGGAAUUGAAUGUUUGCCCUGCUUUAUCUAGUAGGUUAUUUACAUUUACUUUUGGUGGGAGAGUUGGACUAAAUAUUUACUUACCUUUAAUUGAUAUAGGGGCUAUACAAUUGACUGACUUCUACUAUUAUACAGUAUGUUAAAAUUGUAUUUACUUUAAAUUUUAAAAUGUCAUUUGCCUUUUUUUCCCUCCAUCUCACAAAAUGAAAAAUAAAAAACAUAUUCA